AUGGAAACACUACUUCAAGCCUUCAGUGAGGAGCAUAACAUCAGCCUGGCAGAGCUCAAGUCUAUUUUGCAGCUCUAUGAAGAGGCCAGGGCGGCCGGGAUCAGAGCCCAACAGGGAAGAGCCCUUUGGGACUUCCCAGGGGCAUUCUAUUUUGUGGGAACAGUCAUUUCCACUAUUGGUUUUGGAGUGUCUGCUCCAUCCACUAUCACCGGAAAGAUUCUGCUUGUUUUCUAUGGUCUCCUGGGGUGCUCUGCAUCUAUCCUCUUCUUCAACCUCUUUUUAGAGCGAGUCAUCACAUUUGUAAGUGUGGCUAUCCUCUGGUGCUGCAGGAGGUCCCCACACCGCAGACUGAGAAACACCAAAAAUGAAGAUGAUGAAAACAACUGGAAACCAUCAAUUCCUCAAGUGACACUUGUUCUUCUCAUCGCAGUCCUGCUAGUUGCAUGCUGUGCAGCAUCUGUCUACUCAGCCAUGGAGGGCUGGAGCUACCUGGAGUCCCUGUACUUCUGUUUUGUAGCUUUCAGCACCGUGGGUUUUGGGGACUUUGUGAGCGGUCAGCGGGAGCAGCAUGAGGAGACCCGUGGGUACCAGGUGGUCAACUGCCUACUGAUGCUACUGGGAAAGUGGAAACGAUAUCGGGAAGAAACCAAGAAAGGUGUGGAGACCAUCUUGAAAUAG